UCACCGAUGAAAAAAUAUAAACAAUACAGAGCAUCAUGUUCAUUUUUUGUUGCUUUGUUCGUCAUCAAUAUGAUCAAAAUGAAGAAAAAAAACAAUAUUUGGAUAUAAAGAUGAUGCUGAUGUCAUAUUGGUCAAGCAGAGGAUGAUGACAUGCUGGUGAUGCAAAAAAAAAAGGUGUGGCACUGGCCUAUCAGGGCCUUCGCGGGAACAUUUCAUCAUCGUGGCCACGCCCACACUUAUCUGCACUUUGUGCGUGUGUGUUGACCAACGUGAGGACGCAGAUAAAAAGAGCGACAAGUUUGCAUUUGUGAUGACGAUGACGACGGGAAGAAGGUGACAGGUUAGACCUCGCUUUUGACAACAUGACCGGUCCGAACAUGAAAACUCGUCCAAUCGGCAUCGGAUGCCACCUGAUCGUGAUGAUGAUGAUGAUGAUGAUGAUGAUGAUUGUGAGCAGCAGUCAGGAGGUCCAGGAUGAUGGCGUGGUUCAGGACUCGACGCCCUCGGAGGGAUCGCCGCUUUCUCCUCGGAGCACCUGGAUGAUGUUCAUCAAGAACUCCCAGGCGCAAAAACGAAACUCCCGAAGAACGGCAAAGCUCGCUCUCCGGGGACCUCGGGGACCUCGGGGACCUCCAGGACCUCCUGGCCCCCCGUGCCCCCCCGCGCCCCGCCCGCAUCCGCAGCAGAUCCUCGACGACGUCCUCACCACGCUCACCGGGGGCGUGUCGUUUUGCGCAUUGUGCCACCGCCCCCCUCGAAUCCCCGCCUCCUUCCUGGGGCUCCUCCGCCGCACGGUGGAAGUGGCUCGCCGCAGCCUGAUGGAGCUCCGCCCCUUCACUCAGGCCCCGCCCUCCGCGUGUGGCUUCCAACGCGGCAGCGGCUUCAACGUUAGCGACGGACGCUACACUGCGAUGCGAAGUGGGUUUUACCUGCUCACUGCGCGGCUCCGCCUACAGUCAGGUGAGCGCGUUCAGGUGCGCCACUGCGAGAGUGUGACGGCGGCCAUCUGCGUUGGCUCACUUUGUCACACCAACCUCUCCAUUGAGUCGGUGGUGGGCGUGGCCAGUGUGGGAGGAGCCUUCAGCAUCAGUUUGACUGGGACGCUCUUCUUACAGGUCACUCGGCUUCCCGCUAUCACGCCGACAAUGCCUUUUAUUCUCACGCGUUUACACAUGCACAAUGAGACUGAAAGGAGCUCCUUUUCCAGUGCAAAUGCCGGCGAGUACGCGUCCGUCUACGUGGACAACGCCGCUGGCGCCAACAUCAGCGUCAUGCCCGACUCGUUCUUCUCCGCAAUCCUGCUGGGAAUUUGAACCGACGUCACUUCCUGUUUAUCCGCCGUCAUUUCCUGUCAAUAAUCCUCACUUCCCGUCCACCGCCGUUACUUCCUGUUGUCGCUGGUGCCGGACGACGUCAUCGAACACGGUUGCGACGCCGCUCUGCCCCCCGGCGGUUCCUCUGUGAUGAACACGCGUUCCCCAUCCAUGUUGUGUGACGCAUUUCUACGCUUCAUUUCCCGCGCGUCGCGGUAACAUUUCUGUGCGUAAAUGAAGCGCUAAUUUCAACCUUUAGCGAAACAACUAGCUAAAAAGAAGCGCACAUCAAAACUUGUCAUUUGACACAUCAAAGUUCUCGUGUGGCGCAACAAGCAGAAAAGGUGAAGACGCGCCAGGAAGGAAGACGAAACUUUCGGAACGAUUCGGAAAAUUCAGCUGCCAAUGCUAACAAUGCUAACAAGCGAAGAUAGCUGACAAACUUUACAUCUGGUAAACAUCUUUAAUAGGGUUAACAAUCAAAAAGUUAAAAAGUUACUUGUGUUACACUUUGUGUUAAACAGAUGAUGUUUGCUUUAGCGUAAAAAUGUUUGUGAUUUGAUUGUUUACUCAAUGACUAUGUUGACAUAGUUUUAUACACUUCUAUUGCGGCAUUUUUUGUGCAAAUAAAAUGAAGGAAUUGUUCACUGGA